AUGCCCGGUACCUUUUUUACAUCAUGGGACCUGUGGCAGGAGAUGACCUUUGUCCUCGCUAUGGCAAUUGUCUGUGUCUUUUGCGCAGGUCUGGGCAAGCUGUGGUGGAACAAUCGACUGAUGAAGAAAAAAGAAGUGCUGGACAACGAAAAGAGGGCGCGGGUAGAGGAGAUGCGCAAGACGGGCCUUCCGAUGAAGCGGGCCAACACGGUCCCCUUCGGCGUUCGUGCCAUCCAGAGCGGCAUCGAAGUCGACGGCAUAUGGAUAUCUCGGCCGGCAUCGCUCAACGAACUGGGAGAGAAACUGGCUUCCUCGACGACCCUCGCCGGCCGGGACUCAGAUUCACAAAGCAAGGGGCGCGGCUACUACGAGGAGGAACGAUCAACUCGCAUCACCGCAACAAACCUCGGCCCCAAACCAAGCCCUUCCUCCGCCUCCAUCUUCCAGAAGCUCACGGACACCGAAUCCCUGGGAAGCAGCACGCCCUCCGCCGCACUACCCGUCUCGCAGUUCGCAUACAACAAGACCAACACGAGGCAUUCCUCCCGAUCGGCCGGCACGUUGAACGAAGACACCCUGAGGCGCCUCGAAGGCCAGUCGCCGCCGCCGCCACGAAACCAACAGCACUGCGAUAUCUACAUCCCGACCACUACCAACACCACCGCCGCCGCCGCCGCAACAAUAACAACAACCACAGCCACAACCACCAUACCCCCCACCUCCCCGCGCCGCCCCAACCCGCGCCGUCCCGGCGACCGCAGCUCGGUGGCUUCUUCCUCAGCCGACUCCAUCGAUUCGCAACCGCGCUCGUUCAAGAGCGCCAGCGACGGCCGCAGCUACACCUCCUCGCACAGUUCGAGGCUGUACAUGGCGGCGGCGGCCGCCGCGCGGCACUCGCAGCAGCAGCAGCAGCAGCAGCAGCAGUCGCAACAACACCCGCAACAGUACCACCGACAACAGCACCACCACCACCAACACCAACAACAGCAACAGCAGCAGCAGCAAUACGCGCCGGCGCCGCCGGACCCGACGUUUGGGCCGGGGGAUCUGCACUUUAGCAACAACAGUCGGGCUUCGGGGAGGGCUGGCGAGGGGGUUUGA